AUGGCGCUGCUAAUUUAUCUUCACCAGGGAAAGAAAAAAUUUGGGUACGGUGGGACAGUUAUCAACAAAAGGUAUAUUUUGACAGCAGUUCAUUGUAUCAAGGAUUUGCCGUCAGGUCGAACUCUAAUCGGAGUACGAGUCGGAGAGCAUGACUGGAGUACGAAACGCGACUGUGACGUCGAUAAAGAUGGCCUGGAAAUCAUGUGUUCCGACGAUUCAUAUCAAGAAUUUCUUGUGCAGAGCACAAAAUUCCACCCUGACUUCAAGCUAUCAACGCUGCGGAAUGACGUAGGAUUGAUACGUCUGCACAAAAAUAUAGACUUUCUGCCAAUAAAUACCAAGCCUAUUUGUUUGCCAAUUGAACAAAAUCAAAAGAUGGAUUACAAAUCUUUAACAGUGACCGGCUGGGGCGCCACUGAGUUUGAUAUUCUUAGUAAGAAACUUUUAAGGGUUGACGUACAGCCUCUUCCUAUUAAAAAAUGUACCGAAGCCUUAGGACCCAGUAGUACUAUUAUUUGGUACAAAGAGAUAUGCGCUAUCGGUAUAAACCGCGAAGAUUCAGUUUCUGGCGACAGUGGUGGUCCACUUUUACCAACAGGUCGAUAUUAUAAUGAUGCUCGAGUUAUUCAGCAUGGCGUUAUUAGUUAUGGAAUGAAUAACUCAAUAAAAACUUGUUCUUCAAAAUGUCAUUCUUCUUUUAAGUAA